UGCGCCUGUGUGCGUGCCGCUUCGCUUGUCAAGUUUCAAGUUGGCCGCCGCUGUCACUUUGUGUAUUCUGUGGUUGUGUGUAUCGUGUGAUGCGACCAGUUAUGUUUUUCUCUAUUUUACAGUUUCUUUCCCAAUUUCCUUAAUAAUUUCACUUGUAACAGUUGUAAAAGUGCCCCUGGAUUACAGUGCAAGUGUGUUGGAAGAGGCAAUUGGGUGAAUUACCCAGUUUGUGGUGUUUACAAAAGUUUGAAACUAAGUUUGUUCUUCACGGGAGUGGUGUGUGUGUUGUCAUGUCUUGUACAAAACUUUUUAUUACUUAAACCUCAGAAUCAGAUAAUCGGUGAAUGACAAGUUUUCUGUGAAGAUGGAGUCAAGUUACGUGGACGAGCGCGAAGACGUCCAAAAGAAAACGUUCGCGAAAUGGAUCAACUCACAACUCGUGAAGAACAACAAGCCGCUGGUGCAGGACCUGUUCGAGGACCUGCGCGACGGCGAGGUGCUGCUCUCCCUGCUCGAGAUACUCACCGCGCAGCAAUAUAAACGCGAGCGCGGGCGCAUGCGCGUACAUCAACUACACAACGUGAGCACCGCCCUCGAGGCGCUCCGGGAGCAGGGGGUGAGGCUGGUCAACAUCGCGGCGCCCGACGUGCUCGACUGCAACCACAAGCUGAUACUGGGUCUGGUGUGGAGCAUCAUCGUGCACUGGCAGGUGUCGCCGGCGCUGUGCGAGGCGCGCGGCAGCGGGCUGGAGCGCGCGCUGCUGGCCUGGUGCCGCAGGAACACCGCGAACUACCCUGGAGUGAACAUCACGAACUUCACCUCCUCGUGGUCGGACGGACUAGCCCUGGCCGCCAUCCUGCACCGCUGGCGCCCCGCGCUUGUGGACUUCGAGGCGCUGGCGCGGGACGCCGUCGCUGACCGACUGCAGGCUGUGUUCACGCUGGCCGAGGAGCAUCUGGGGAUACACCGCCUGCUUGAUGUUGAGGACGUGAACACGGAGACCCCCGACAAGAAGUCCAUCAUGAUGUACGUGUUGUGUCUGUACCAGGCGCUGCCCGAGCACGAGCUGCCCUCGUCUCCACGAACCACUGAGCAGGCUCCGUCGCGCCCUCUAUCAACAGCAACAGCCGCGUCGGGCGAGCUGGGCGGCUACGGGCUGGCGCUGGAGGAGGUGCUGACGUGGCUGCUGGACGCGGAGGAGACGCUCGCGGCCGCGCCCGCCGUCGCCGACCGCCUCGACGAGGUCAAGCAGGCCUUUCACGACCACGAGCGCUUCCUAGUGACCCUCUCCCAACAACAAUCCGGCGUCGGGGCCGCCCUGGACGCGGGCAGCGCGCUGCUGGCGGGCGGCGCGCUGGCGGCGGACGAGGCGGGCGAGGUGCGCCUGCAGCUGCGCCUGCUGGCGGCUCGCUGGGACGCGCUGCGCACCGCCGCGCUGCAGCGCCAGCGGGACUUGCAGGCCGCGCUGCAUCGGCUGCAGAACGAGAAUAGGGACAAGUUCAGACAAUGGCUGACCUCCUUCGAGGACCGCAUCUCGCGCACAUCUCAAGACUUCUCCUCCCCCGAGCUCGCCGCCUCGUCCCUGGCCGCCGCGCGCGAGCUGCACGCCGAGCUGUGCCAGCAGCGCGCUGCUGUGGAGCAGCUGGCGGGCCACGUGCUGGUGCUGGAGCACGACCACGACGACGCCGCUGUAACAGCGAUGGAGGACGAGCUGCGCGCGCUGGGCGAGCGCUGGGCGCUGACGUGCGGCUGGGCGGCGGCGGCGGCGGGCAGCGCGGAGCGGCAGCACGCCGCCUGGGCCCUGCUGCUGCAGCAGCGCGGGCUGGCAGCGCGCCAGGAGACCAUGCUCAAGCAGAUGGAAGCGGAGCCAGUCUCCGAGAUCGGGGAGGUCCUGGCCCGCAUCCAGUCCUUACAGCAGAUCAAGCGAGACAUCACGCGGACGUCUCGGACGCUCUCCUCGCACCUGCAGCGGUUACGCGAGAGUGAGGGAGACAGCGCUGUCGCAGCCGAGAUGGAGGAUCUAGGCGAUAGAUUGGACGCGCAGCUCAUGAUACUGGAUGUGCAGGCGGAGAGGCUGCGCGCGCUCGGGUUCGACGUGACGCUGGACACGCCCGAGGACUCCAGCAUGGACGUGUCCGAGACUACAGAGACCACUGUCACCACCAUCACCACCACUACUACUGUUGAGACGCAGUCCACCCCCAGUUCGCACAAGAAGCCGCGGCUGACCGCAUCUCCGUCAGUUGCCGCCUCCGCCGCUAGCGCCCCCGCAGUCAGCGCCCCCGCAGUCAGCGCCCCCGCCCCCGACUACUCCGCGUUCGUGAAGUGGGCCGACCAGGCAGAGGAGACGCUCAAACAGUGUUCCCUUGAAGUGGAGGAAGGCGAGGCGGAGCUGGCGGCGGUGUCGGCGCGGCUCGACCACAUCGAGGUGGGCCGCCAGGACUUCGCCGACCUGCCCACUAGCGACGAGACGUGCGUGGAGCUCCGCCGUCGCUCGUCGCUCAUCGGGCGGCAGUGCACCGCCGUGAGGAACCAGCUGAACCUGCUGCAGGAGCAGCGCGCCUGGAGCCGCCGCCGCGAGCAGCUGGCGCGCGCCGCCGCCCGCCCCGCGCUGCCCGAGGUACGCACAUACUGUGUCGCUCCCAGUGAGGAGCAGCUGAACCUGCUGCAGGAGCAGCGCAAAUAG